GAGACCCGCCUCUCUCCAGCACUGUACCCUCAUUACAUAAUAGAGAGAGGACAUCUGUAUGUCUGUUCUCAUCUCAUUCAGCGGAUCAAAACCCUACACAGCUUAGACUGCCUGACCUGAUUUUUCUUCAGACAAGGUGAGAUUGCUAGCUAUCGGUUUUGGAAGCAUCUCUGCAUGGAUUAAUCUCCGGAUGCUGCUGUCAUGCUGGAAACAGGAUGGUGGGUUUGGAAAAUUGACGGAGUGAUGGUUGAAUAACAGGACACGCGACGUGAAUACAUUCGCGGUUUUCUUGAAUCAGCCUUCAAAAACAAGCGGGCAAGACGGACGGCGUACAGGAGCGCAAAGGAAGAAUCCGUGGGAAGAUGAGAGAACGGGACUUCAUGCCAAACAUGGAGCGGGGCAAACCUGCCACCUACACGGGAGACAAAAAGGCAAAAAUGGCUGCCAAAACCAACAAAAAGUGGGUGAGACUGGCUACUGUAUUUGCAUACGUCUUGUCUGUGUCUCUGGCUGCUAUAAUACUGGCCAUUUAUUACAGUUUGAUAUGGAAACCGACGUCGGCCUCAUCACCUGGACGGUCUGACGUUUUUAGCACUGUCGCAAGUGUGCCUAUAAACUCAAAUAACCUAACAGCUUGUGGUGAUGUUUUAUCAGUGAGAAAGACAAACAGUUCAUCACCGGUCAACCAGAGGUCAACACAGACACCUGCUUAUUCAGAUUCAGGUGAUAACAAAAACCUCCCUAAUGUCCUCAUAACAAAGAAAUCCGAUCAUCAAUCUGAGUCCACACAAAGUUACCCUGAAGAAAAAGUUAGCCAUGUUUCUGAAAGUAGCAUCCCUGCAGCAGGUGCACCAAGUAAACCCUUUAUACCUAUGGGGAACCAGGACGCAGUACGCAUGGAUGAUAAGGAAAGCUCAUUUGUGGACCCAAGGACCUUUCCCACAUCUACUAAACCAAACAUGCAUGACGGUUCGGGGGCUGGUGCAACAGAAAAUCAGCCACAUAUUUGGGAUUCAGCAUCUCAACAGCCCACAGCUGACCAGGCAUCUUGGACAAGCUACAGUGCAAGACCUGAUGACUCCUCUUUGACAGAACGUGAACCUGAAUUAAUAGAGGGCUCCUCUCCAUCGCAAGAGGAUUUGGUUACCAAGGACACAGAGAAUGAAGCAAUUGGUGUGUGACCACAGAUUAUUUGAUGUUAGUGCCGAUGACUGUGCAGUGUAAGAAAUAGCAAACAAGACUGUGAUAGAGGAACUCAUUUGCAAUAUAGUAUUUAAGGCCACAAACUGUUUUGAUCAGCCUGCUUUGGAAAUCUCUUGCAUUAUAGGGGUCAGGACUGGCAUAAUAUAGCAUUUCAUUGCAAAGAACAAUUUCAGGUAAGAUGUGAAUGGCAGUGUAUUGCGCCCUUUAGAUUAUCAUAGAAAAGUAAGUCAUGUUGGCGAGAUCUUUCAGUAGCAUAUAUUUACAUGUCUAUUAGCUUAAUUGUGAGAUAAAACACUUUGCCUAUAGAAUUGUGCUCAGGAAUGGUAUAUUUAUAUGAUUGAAAAAUAACAGGAGACUAGGAAAAAUACACUGUGCUAGCUCACCCAUGUUAUCAUUUUAACCUACUGUAUUUUAUAAAUGUACGAGUUGGGAAAUACAAAUAUAAGAAAACCACGAUGUACUAAUAAACAUAUAUUUUUUAU